AUGGCUUACCAGCCAACACCGGCGGAUAUCUCCGUCGUCAUCACCACCCCGGCUUCGGCCAGGACGGAUGCGGAACCUGGCUUUGUGACAGAGCGCCGCAUCACCCCCACCUGGACUGUGAUGCAGCUGAAGGGGAAGUUGGAGACCAUGACCGGCAUUCCACCGGGCAGCCAACGCUUACGAGUCAAGGUGCCGGGCCGUCCUGAUCAAUGGGCAGACGGAGACGACCAGGUCAUUGGGAUUUGGGGAUUGGGGAAGGGAUCGGAGAUUGAGGUUCAUGACAGCCGGCCGCAGUCAAUGCGGCCCAACUUCACCGACUUGUCAUCCGUCGAAAAAUAUGAACUGCCUGCUGAAACAUACGAGUCCCUGCCGAACUCUGUCCUGGCUUGGAAAAAGAACCAGAAGCUGGGCCGCUUUGAUCCCAAUGCUCUGUCACCAGAGGAAUCUCUACGCCAGCAAGUUCAGAAAGACCAGGCUGAGGUUGCCACGAAAGGUACGUGUGUGUGGAGGCAGCACCGAAUCUUCUUGUUCACUCUGACCCCCCAUAUUGUAGGAAUUGACGUUGCUAAGCGGGCGAUCAUUCUGCCCUCAUCGCCGCCGCACAUUCGACGAGGGACGAUUCGUUUUGUUGGACCUGUGCCAACGAUCCCUAUUCCAGGGUUUGAGCCAGAUGCCGCGAUCCCGGCGGAUCAGCGGUCCCUCUGGGUGGGAAUUGAGCUGGACGAGCCAACGGGGAAGAAUGAUGGCAGUGUGGGCGGUCAACGCUACUUCGAGUGUCUGGACAAACAUGGCGCGUUUGUGAAACCGGACAAGAUCGAGGUGGGAGACUUCCCUCCGCUGGGGCUGGACGACGAGCUCGACGAGCUGAUGGAAGAGAUCUAA